AUGGGGCUGACCCUGGGGCUCUCGGACAAAGGUCGCUGGAUCGAGGACCAUGGUGUCAUUCACAACAUGAUGUUUGACACGGAGACGAAGUGGAAGUACUCCUUCAAGACCACGCAGAACAAGACGGAGUGGUGGGACAACGGGGUGCUGCCCCUGUGGAUCACCGCCCAGAGGCAGGGGAGGAAAACGGCGUCCUUCCACUACCCGGGGGGAGGCGCCAAGUAUGACGGUGAGGCAGUCCAGCGGGCCCUGGUGGAGUCCUAUAACCACCCUGACGACAACGAGACAGAGUGGAGGGAGAACAUCGACAUCGUCAUGAACUGGUUCACCCAGGAGGACUUCGACUUCGUGACCCUCUAUUAUGGAGAGCCAGACAACGUGGGCCACCGGGUGGGGCCCGAGACAGAGGAGAGGAGGGUGAUGAUCCGGCAAAUCGACAGGACAGUCGGGUACCUGGUGGAGGCCAUUGAGAGGCACGGCCUGGCCGAGCACCUCAACGUCAUCAUCACGUCGGACCACGGCAUGACCACGGUGAAGAAGCGGCCCAACGUCACCGAGAUCCUCUUGACCAACUACAUCAAGUUCCGGGACCUGGUCAAGUUUGACAUUGUGGACUACGGCGGCUUCGGCAUGCUGCUCCCCAUACCGGGGCAGGAGGAGGCCGCCUACCAGGCGCUGAAGGACGCCCACCCUCACCUCCACGUCUUCAAGAAGGAGGACUUCCCAGAACGCUUCCAUUUUGCCAAGCACAAGCGUGUCCUGCCCAUCGUGAUGUUCGGCGACUCGGGGUACAACCUUAAUGGGCAGCUUAUCAUCUAUUUCAACAAAGGGGACCAUGGCUUCGACAACGACCUCCUGGAGAUGAAGACCAUCUUCAGAGCCUUCGGGCCAGAUUUCAAGAAGAAUCACCUGGCCGAGCCCUUCGACAGCAUCCACAUCUACCCCCUGAUGUGCAGAAUCCUGGGGAUCACCCCCGAGCCACACAAUGGCUCUCUGGCAGUCACCUGGGACAUGCUGCUGGAGGCUAGUGACCAGCAGGCAGGAGAGAAGGCACAGAGGGCAGCCAUUCUCCGAAACACGGGCAUCGGCCUCGGCGUUGUCAUUGGCCUGAUAGCCAUCGUGUUUGUCUCCAGUGUGGCCCACACAGCCGUCCGGCGGAAAAAGGAGUGA